UGUGCCUCACACACCCCCCUGGCCUUCUCCGUCCGGGCGCUCGCUCCGGGAGCUGAGCCGGCCCCGCCUCAGGAGCAGCAGCGGUGGGAAGAUCCAGCUUCCUUUGGUCAAGUACAACUUUCUGCCUUGGUGCUGAGAAUCCUUAAAGAUAGUAAACAGGCACAGCUUCCAGAGAGCCACAGGGAGGCUGAGAGGUGACACAGACCUGAGAGGUCAAGGUCGACAUUCCAGCCAGUGAAGUGGUGGAAGAGAAGCUCAAGAGUGGCUCUCCUGACUCGGAAAAUCUGAGUACAGUGGGAACAAGCUUUCUCGAGAGUUUGGGCCUAGAGCUGAUGGCAGACAAUGUCCACAACUAACAACAUAGCCCAGGCUCGGAAACUGGUGGAGCAGCUCCGCAUCGAGGCUGGAGUGGAGAGGGUCAAGGUGUCCAAAGCCUCCUCGGAGCUCAUGAGUUACUGUGAACAGCACGCCCGGAAUGACCCCUUGCUGGUGGGAGUGCCUGCCUCAGAGAACCCCUUCAAGGACAAAAAGCCUUGUAUCAUCCUAUAGCUCCAUCCUCCUGGGCACACACAGCCUCUCUCCCUGGCAGGGCCAUCCCCAUCCAGUAUCGAUUUCAAGCCAAACCUGUCCUAAGUCACAAAAACUCUCAACAGCCAAAAACACCCCCAGAACCACUGCAGCCGCAGCCACCACCAACACCACCACCACCACCACCACCACCAUGAGGAGGGGCAAACACUAUGCUUUGCGUUUGGGUGGAAAAUCAAAUCCAGCAUGCCCACGAGGCGGGGUCAGCAUACCAAUCUAAAGCAGUCCAAAAGUCCCUGGGAGGAAGGGGGUAGGGGCAGGGUUUUGAUUUUUUUUAAGAUACUCUAUUGCCAUUUAAAUAGUGGUUUCAAAAUAAGGGUGGGUGGAGAGACAGGAGGGAGACCUAGGGUGUCUGCCAGUUAUUAGGGGGCCCUCACAUCAAGGUCAAAGUGGACCUAGGUUAUAAUUCCUCCUAGAAUGGCUUGCCAUUCAGAGACUCCGGUUAGAUUGGCAGGAAUUCAAAUUUAAAGGAAUUGCUUAUUCUUUUAAAAAAGAAACCUACUCUUUCAUUUAAAAAAGAAAAAAAUUAUGGAAAUUAUGCAUUGCUAAAAUGGGACCGGGGGAGGAUAUUUUGACAACAGUAUCAUAUAAAGGGAUAAUGAAAACAUGGACCGGGAUGGGGGGGGAGGGGAUAGGGAAGGGAAGUCAUCCAUGGACCACAGCAUGCAUUUCCCAGCUCAUACAUCACAGGGCAUCAGUAUCUCCACCACCGAGUUGUGGGCAGCACACUCUAGCAGCCCAGCCAUCAAGGGAAGCAGUCAACAGUGGCUUGAACUGGGGAGUGCCCAUCUCCUUGCAUUGUCAGUUUUGUGGGGGGGUUGGGGGGAGGGGCAUUGGGGGGAAGCAUGAGGUAUUGAUGUGGGUAUUUGAAACCUUUGAGCCCAUCCUAGCUCUUCAAUUUCUGUCUAUUGUUGCCUGAGCAGAGGGCUCAGGAUGAAUCCUUUGAUCUUGUCUUCUGAGCACUGGGGAUGGGAAUGGGUCAGGAUUGCUUUUUGUUUCUGAGGGUAAGGGGUUUUGAAAGAUAUUUGUUUGUUGUUGUUGUUGUUAAUUAACUGUGUGGCUCAAUCCUUUUUAAAAACUCCUACCCACUCA